CUGCGGCCCAGCGACGUGACCACGCGUCUUUAAUGCGGGAGUUUGUGGAGCUGCAGACAAUUGCAGAACAUGAGCACGGCGUAGCUUGUUCGGGCAUUGCCAUCAUAACAUGCUUUCAUCAUCAGCACCGACGUUUAUCUGAGCCGACAUCUGUAACUUUGCAGUUGUAAAUUAUAUAUUUUUUUCUCUCUUUAAACAAAAAUGACCGGAGUAUUUGACAGUCUUGCUGCAGAUAUGCAUUCGAACCAAAUUACCUCGAGUUAUCAUACGAUGCACAAGUCCCACUCGCAGGAAUCUCCAACGUUGCCAGUGUCCACUGCGACUGACAGCAGCUAUUACAACGGGCAACAGCACGGACCCUGCGCUGGGUCGCCUUACGGACAGCUUAACAACUCCUACCAGUUCCACGUUGGUAACACGAACAGCCUUUCGUGCACUGCCAAAUCCUACGAAACCGGUUACACAAAUUGUUACAACACUUACACUUCCUAUGGUACAAGUAAUUCGCCGGCAAAUACUGAUGUAGAAAAAGAGGAGUGCGAGCCCGAAAUAAGGAUGGUGAACGGAAAACCAAAAAAAGUCAGAAAACCCAGAACCAUUUAUUCCAGCUUUCAACUGGCAGCUCUGCAGAGACGGUUUCAGAAGACCCAGUAUUUGGCUUUGCCUGAAAGGGCCGAGCUGGCGGCAUCCAUGGGCCUGACACAAACUCAGGUAAAAAUUUGGUUUCAGAACCGCCGAUCUAAAUUCAAGAAAAUGUGGAAAAAUGCAGAAAUGCCAAAAGAACAGAAUCUCAGCAGCAGGGAGUCUCCGCCUUGCAGUUCUCCGUCCUCUGUUGUAUGGGACCACUCUCCGCACCAGAGUAUCAACUGUGACUCAGCCAUCGCACAGAACAACAGCCCCGCUGCCGCCGCCUUUAUAGGAAACUACUCCUGGUAUCCUGGUGCAAGUAGUGCUUCACACUUUCAAUCGACCCCGAUUCUUCAGCACCAGCCUACAGUCAGCACGGCGACAAUGUACUGAGUCCACCUUAGCACAGAUCGCUGUCUAAACUGGGACACUAAAGACUCUGCUUAAAUGAGACACUAUCUAAUGACUCCCUAAAGCAGAGAAAGCUGGAGUUUUUUUUAAAGAGAACAUUCAUUACAAUACCAUCCUUUAUAACGUUUGUAAUAACUGGUGCCUUUGCAAAUGACCUCAUUUUCUAUGUUUUCGGACUAACUUUGAGUGGUAUUUGUGAAAUGGAGUCAGUUCGGCGCCAUUCAAACGCCGAUUCUGGUUAUAAAAGUUUGCAGUGAAGAUGAUUUAAAACUAUGUGUAAAUGAUGUGACCUUUCGUGCAGUACCACCUGAAUACGAAUGUGCGUUCGUUAGAUUGAUUGUUGUAAUACAACCACGAUAGAGUUUAAUCCAAGUUUUUAAUGUGUUACGUAGCUGUUCCAAUGAUGUCUGAUUUAUUGCAGCAGCGAUAUGUUUCUAUUGGUUCAACCCUGCAUUUAAGCGUUUCGUACAAGGAGUUAAAUGUGCUACUGAUUUUUCCACUGAUAGAUUUUUGUGUGUAGUAUUUUACGGGGAAGUAUUUUCUUUAUUUAUUCUACAAAACAACGUCAGUACAAUGUCGCUUUUAUGAAAAGAAAUAUAUUAUUUAAAUAAAUAUUGUUUAAAUGUUAUUUUAUGUUACCACUGUAAUCACGAACGCUUGAAUCAAGCAAAUUUAUAAAAUACGCCUUUUUUGGUUC